GAAAAUAAAAAACUUGAAACUUGAAACUAGGAGGUGUCUUUGUAUCAGUAAUGCAAAGGUGGGAGGUACCGUAAAGAUAGGGAGAGGAAGGAGGGAUGGUAGAGUUAGGGAUGGAGGAAGGUAGUGUUGACAAGUGUGAAAAUGAGAAGCAGUCUUGAGGCGACCGAGAUAGCGUUUCCAUCAUCUGAUCCUCUCCACACCCACUCCAACACCUACCAUGUCUGCUAGUCUGAUCUACUACGACACAGACCACAACUGCACCAAUGUGGACACAUUAACAAAACUCUAUUAUCUGCCUGUCAUGUACGCCCUCAUCUUCAUCGUGGGUCUGGUUGGUAACCUCCUCGCCAUCAGCACAUACCUGGUGAAGCUACGACCGUGGACAAGCAGCAGCAUCAUCAUGGUGAACGUGGCGGUGACCGACCUCCUCUACGUCUCCAGCAUGCCUUUCCUGGUCUACUACUACACCAAAGAGGACUCGUGGACCCUGGGAGACUUCAUGUGUCGCUUUGUACGUUUUGGAUUCCAUUUCAACCUGUACGGCAGCAUCCUCUUUCUCACCUGUCUGGCCGUGUUCCGAUACUUGGUGGUGAAAUACCCUCUGAGGACCCCGCAGAUACAGCAGAAGAGGUGGAGCAUCCUGGCGUGUGCGUUGGUCUGGGUGAUUGCCGCCGCUGAGGUUAUUCCCAUGCUAACGAUGAUCAGUAUGGUAGAUAUUGGCAGCAAGACAUACUGCCUGGACUUUGCCAGUAACGACCCUGAGGUGCUGUGGUGGUACGGCUGGCUUCUCACAGUCCUGGGGUUUUUCCUGCCUCUAGUGGUGGUGUGUGUGUGUUGCGUUGGCAUCUUCCGAGAGCUGGCUAAAGGGCCGUACACGCAGAACCCCAGGCGGGCGCGAGCACGCCGCACCAAGGUGGUAAUACUGGUCGUGUUUGUGGUGUGCUUCCUCCCCUACCACGUGCUGCGCGUGCUGAGAGUCGACACGCGCAGGAAGCCAGAGACGCCGUGCAUGCUGGACCGUGGAGUCCAUGCGGCCUAUAUCCUCUCUCGACCUCUGGCGGGUCUCAAUACCUUCUUCAACCUGGCAUUGUACACACUUGCAGGAGACAAGUUUAAACAGGCCUUCCAAAGUAUGUUCAAACUGAAAAACGUUAAGUCCAGAUUUCAUUUGGCAGUCAUCUCCAGACCCAACACUGCCACUGAAAGCAUGUAGCUAUCUACAAUAAUUUGGUUGAUACUAUACUACACAUUUCUUGUGGAUGGGAAGUAAACAUCAUGAUUUGGUUGUAAAACCAAAGCCGUAAUGUACUGCACUGUAAUUCUUCUAGUCUAUUGUGUAUGGGCGUGUACCACCUACAGAGAGUUGACAUUGUCUGGGUAAAACACCUUGCUUGAUAUGUGAGGAGGAAGUUAGAUGCCAAAGUCGGUACUUACUGUAAUUUGGAUAAGAAUGUAUACUGUCACAACAGUUCCUUUAAAAAUGAUAUCGACCCAGUGGCCCUUGUUUUUGUAACGCAUGUGAAAGAUCUUAGUCUUUGAUCUGAAUCAAGAACGUCAUGUGACUGAUUUAUGACUUCCUUACCUGUCAAACUGUGUUGUCCUUGUGAGGUAUGUUGACAUAGUGUUAUAUUUAGACAGUUGUAGAGACCAGCGGCAUUACCGUGAAGAGGAACUCUGAGGAAACAAAGGCCGAAACCUUCGUUUCUAAUUGAGCUUGCAAAACAAAACGAUUGUUUUGGAGCAUAGCAACAGUGUUUCACAAUGACUUGUAAAACAUUUCCGAUAACAACCUAUGCUUCAUCUCAGCACUUAGUUAAUUUGUCUUUCCUCAUUACCAGACAGAUAAAUAGACCAAUUAUCCUCCUAGAACAACACAACUUGUAGCCACCCACUAUCAUUCUCUAGCAUCCCCCUUUAAAUUCCAGGUCAUCCCCACUUUACAGGAACAAGGUAUGCUGAAACGAAGUGCAUUGUUCAAUGUCAAUUGAUCGAAAAUGUAUUAGAAACAUGUUGCAUAAAUCAGUGUGCUGUGUCAAAGUGUGAGAUAUGUUGUCUACUUAGAAUUAUUGUCAUCUGCUAAUGUCAUACCUCAUUUGAUAAUCAAUCGCCUAUAUCGACACACUAUCCUAUCACAAUUAUACUGGUACAGUUAACAGUUCCUCUGCAGUCUAAAGAGAAAUUAUACAAGUUGCAGUCUUUAAUGAUGCGAUUAUUAUAUUGACGUAAGAGGAAAUUAGAUAUAAAAUGAGAAAAAAUUCCCAUUAUGGUAUAUGCAUUUGGUUUGAGGGGACUGUUCUGUAUGAUAAA